CAUUCCAUCCCUGAUUCGGAUGCCCUGCUACCUGUCCCAUCUUCCAUUCCUCCUAUACCUUCUUCUCAACUUGUCCAGUCGAGUGGAUGUGAGGCUGCGCAGCCAGUACAAGCGGCUCCAGAUACUGUGCCUAUUUUAGUUUCAUCAACUGGUGCGCAGUCAAUGUAUUUGGAGCCAUCUUCGUUGGCACACCAAUCGUCAUCAUCUCUACUAGUCGCAGCUAAUCUAGACCAAGCGAUUAAUCACGGGCCUCCUAUCAAGCCAAUUCCUGGAGCAUGUGUAGUUCAACCACAUCAGACACAGCAACAUCCAUCACAUCCACAACAUCAACCUUCGGUAGCCAGCUCUGCACCAGCUUGCAAUAUAGCUCCUGCAAUUAUUGGCAUUCCAUCAGAACUUUCACCUAAGGAUAGUAGUGGAGCCCCCGCUAGUGAACCCUUAAUUGCCGGUAGUUUUCGUAGCGCUAUCAACUCGGCUUCACGUGAUCUCGAUCUUUCUUCUCUGCUUAGCGACCAAGUAGAAACACGAGUCCUGGCUAGUUUGGUAAUGCAUCCCUAA